UGACUGUUGGCGAUUUGUGAAUGUUUUUCAUGGAUAAUCGACACGAAAUUGAAAUUUCCGGUUCCUGCACAGCAACGGCACCAAACAAACACACCACCCACGACAACGACAAGACCUUGUUCCUCUGACCUUUCGGCGCACGACGCAAACCACACGCGCACAAGGCCUUCUUCUUGACAGGGAACCAACCACAACAGACACUAUGGCGUUUACUCAGCGUGGCGAGUCUACCCUCAAGCGCGAUGCAAAACUCAAAGCAGACCAAGCAACGGAUCCCAUUGAGAAGCUGAGGUACCGGUGUUUGGAGCGUGGUGCCGGUGGCAUCUCGGGGCUUGGCCGCAUCUUCCGCAUCAUGGACGACAACGGCAACAAGAAGCUCGACUUUGACGAGUUCAAGAAAGGCCUCCACGAUUUCGGUGUGCACCUCGACGACGAGGAGGAAUACCAUGAUUGCUUCGACCGGUUUGAUGCCAACGGCGAUGGGAACGUGGAUUUUGAGGAGUUUCUUCAAGCGCUCAGACCACCAAUGUCCUCCCGACGAAAGAAGUUAAUUCGGCAGGCAUUUUCCUUGUUUGACAAGAACAACGAUGGCAACAUCACAGCUGAGGACUUGGAACAGGUGUACCGUGUGGACAACCAUCCCAAGUACAUGAAUGGCGAGUGGACAAAGGAGCAGUGCCUGAAUGAGUUUCUCAAAACAUUUGAGCAGAAGGGCGUGGUGGAUGGGGUGGUCACAUAUGAGGAGUUUCUCAACUACUACGCAGGCGUCAGUGCGUCCGUCGACGACGACGCCUACUUUGACCUGAUGAUGCGGCAGGCGUGGAAGUUCUAGUUGUGCUCUGCGUCAUCGCCACUGCCUGCUCUCAGUCAUAAAUGGUGCUGUGUGUAUGUGUGUCUGUCUGUGUGUGUAUCGGUGUGUGUACGCGUGUGUUCGACUGCCUUCCUUACGACGUUUGCUUCCACGGCUUGUUACGGUGUAUGCAUGCACCUUAUCAUACUGUUCUUGGUUCCCAUAGCCUGCUUUGACGGCUUCUGUUACCUGCCAUAUCCACGCCGUUGCCUUCCUUUGUUGCCUUCUUUCCUCCAGAAGAGUAGAAGAUUCACAAGCCACA